AUGCGCUUCCAAUUACUCGAAGUCGAUCAUGAAGGGAAGGAAUUCGAGGAGUUAGUUGCCUGCGAAGUAACGAGCUUCGAGCAUCCCCGACAGUCAAUCUUCAGAUUUUUCUACCCUAUUUUUGGUCAUGAAUCUGAGCUAGAAAGGCAGACAGCCUUCGAAAAUUUGGUCGAGCUGCAACGCCAGUGGUCUCGCGAGGAUCCAGACGCAGUGUGGACCAAGGUCAUUGACACCCAGAAUAACAACAAAAUCGUCGGCGACGAGAAGAACCCGUUUGCUCUAAAUGAUGCUGAGCAUCAAUCUGCCUUCUGGUAUCCUGCCGGUAGCCAACGGAAGUACAUCGAUGAGUGCCUGCGCAUAUUUACGACCCCGCAUGAGACGUUCAUGCAGCGGCCACAUGUUUAUCUAUAUAUUGGUUUCAUCCUCCCAGAAUAUCGACAACAAGGAAUCGCCGACAUGUUUCUCGCGGAGGCGUGUCGCCGGGCAGAUGAACUCGGAAUAGAAGCGUGGCUUGAAUCUGUGGUAGCUAUGGGUGUUCCGAUUUACAUGAGGCACGGCUUUAUUCCCUUCCGUAAGCACACGGUGGAGCCAAAAGUUGAAAGACCGGAUAUGGAAUGGAAGAAUAUGGAGGAGAAAAUGCAACCUCUGCGAUUCUGGCCAAUGUGGCGACCUCCCAAUGGCAAGUUUGUCCCUGGGGAGACAAACCCGCCUUGGAAUGAAUUUAUGAGUAGCAUGUUGAGCAGGGAUCUGAGGGAAUGGAUUAUGUCGGAUUCGAAACGGAGAGAUGACUUUGAAGCGGCAAUCGUCACAGCACGUUCAAACAAUUUAGCUGGGAUGCAGGACAUUCAAUGCCUAGAAGAUUACUUUCGAUUCAUCAACGACCAGCUUCGUUGGGUACCAAGUGAAGCUGCACAAGCCAAGGACAUCCUCCUUCGGAUAUGUAAGAUGUGGUUCGUUCUUGACCAGCCCUCUGUCGCCGCGUAUCAGAGUCCCACUCAACCAUCAUCCGAGUCGGAAACAAGCGGCCAACAUGAGAAACUCACCUGGCUCUCAGGGUGGAUGGUGCGACUCAGCAAGGAAAUUGGGAGGUUUAUGGAUUCACCUGCUUCUACAGCGUCGCUGGAUACAUUCAGGACAAGCCCCGCGUACAAUAUUGAAGACUACAUCGAGCCUCGAGGAGGAUGGAGGACGUUUAACGAAUUCUUCUGCCGCAAUCUCAAGCCUGGUCGGCGCCCUAUCGCUGCGAUUGGUGACAACUCAGUUUUGACCAGUCCUGCCGACUUCCUAUUUGAAGAGCUUCAUCCUGUCUCGGCGGACUCGACGGUGAUCACGAAAGGACUCAAGUGGCGGAGGGCUAAACUGCUGGAUGACUCGCUAUACAAGGAUCGUUUCGCAAAUGGGACGUGGUUACAUGGCUUUCUAGACGUGAACGAUUAUCACCGACUGCAUGCACCCGUCGGCGGAACAGUGUUAGAUGCCAGGACGAUUGUCGGUCGAAACUAUAUGCAAGUCCAUGCUACCUGGCCUCCGGGACAAGAUGCAAGGCCAAAUGGAGCCGUCAAAACCAACAUAGUCGGCGAGACAGCAGGUGCAGUGCUUCGUGUUUGCAACGAGACAGGUUACCAGUUUUGCCAAGCUAGAGGACUGAUUGUGCUGGACACAAGCGCUGGUCUGGUGGCCGUGUUACCUAUUGGUAUGGCCAUCGUAUCAUCGGUCAUCCUUACUGCUGAAGUUGGCGCAAAAUUGCAUAAAGGUGAAGAGCUGGCAUAUUUUCAAUUCGGGGGUUCGGACGUUGUUCUGAUCUUUGAGGACAGGCUGAAGGUUAACGUUACUAUGGAGCCGGGGCAGCAUUAUAGGAUGGGGGUGCAAAUUGGUCAUAGCAACUUGUCGCUGCACUCCUGUUCUUAA